AUGCCAUCCGUCAAAGUUGCAAUCGCCAGUAACUCACUGGGUAAACCAGCCGCCGGGCAUACACUCAUUCGGAAACUCGAGUCCGCUAAAUCGCAUGGGUUCGAUGGAGUGGAGGUUGCGUUUGAGUGUCUCGAAGCGUAUGCUUCGUCCUUCCCGCAAUCGACCCGAGCCUCUCGCCUGAGAGCGGCUGCCGCUCACAUUAAUCGAAAGGCGCAGGAGUUAUCUGUCGCCCUCAUUUCACUGAAUCCAUUCGGUGCAUACGAUGGACUUAUUGAACCUAUCGAGAUCAAGUCUCGUCUAGAAGAGGCGGAGCUUUGGUUUGAUCUCUGUCGAUUGAUGAAGAUUCCUAUCUUCCAGAUUACAUCUUGUAUCUACCCUAUUGAUCCCACCCGGAUAACGCCUGACCCGGAAAUCAUCGCCGCCAACAUGAAGCGGCUGGGUCUUCUUGCUCAGAGAUACAACGUGCAGGUUGCAUACGAAGCACCCGCCUUCGGAGUUCACCUGAACACCUGGCAACAAAUCCAUGAGAUAAUUAGGCUUGUCGAUCUUCCCAAUGUUCAACACUGUCUCGACACAUUCCAUGUCGCCGCGAUAGAAGCGGGCGAUCCGUUCAAUGCCACGGCUCCGAUUCGAGCAGGAGGUAUAACAAGUCUCCACCAAAGUUUAGAUGAAAUGAAGCGAACCGUGAUGCCACAUCAAAUUGCGUAUCUACAGUUAAGCGAUGCCACGGUUGCUGACCCAAGCCAGGCGUGCUAUCCACGUCGUGACCUGAACCAGCCACCCUACAUGACCCAAUCGCGGAACUGUCGGAUAUUUCCCUGCGAAGAACGUCGCGGGGGUGUGCUGCCUGCAAUUGAGGUUGCACAGGCCGUUUUUGAUCUUGGAUAUACGGGAUGGGUAUCGAUGGAAGUAUUCCAUCCUGACUUGUGGAACCCACGCGACACAGUACCCGAUGAUUGGGCUACGAGAGGGAUGGCCUCAUGGCGGGAAAUUGCUUUACGCUGUGGACUUGAUAAGCAUACAAGCGGAAAGUUGUGA